UAGCUUAGCUACAAAAGAAAAAACGCAUCUUGUGAUUGCUCCUUCUUUAUAUGUCUUGUCUUUUUUUUUUUCCCUCAAAUAACAUAAUUUAUGUCCAUUAAAUCUCAGUGUUUUCUUUGUCGGUAGUAACUUUAUUCCAUUUAAGCAUUAAAUCCAUUUCUUGAUUAUUGUUUUGCUUCACCUUAAGCUCAAGAUCUUUAAAAUCAAGGAAGAGUAUAGCAGUGAAGAGAAAUGAAGUUAGUUAGGAGGCUAUGGUCACUAAAUAAACACAACCAUUGGUUGUUCAAGUUAGCAGUUGCAAUUCUGUUAAUGGGUAUUGCUUUUAGGCUUUUCUUUAAUCAAUCUGCAAGAUUUGAACCCAGUUUAGAUACCUCUUUUGUUGAUAAAGCUACUCAAGUUCCAAAAUCACCUCUUCUUGUUCAUGAUGGUAUCCCAAAGCCACCACCUUUAACUGUUGAUAUUCCAAAAACAAACCCACCUGUUGCUGUUGUUGAUAAUCAAAAUUCUUCUCUUUCUGUUGAUGACCCAGAAACUCAAGAUCAGGCAACCCAAGAAGAACUUAAUGCUGGAAAAUGUGAUCUUUUUGUUGGGGAUUGGAUUCCUGAUUCCUCUGGCCCAAUGUACACAAAUGCCAGUUGCCCUUUGAUUGAGGGUCACCAGAAUUGUAUGAGGAAUGGGCGGCCAGAUUCAGGUUAUCUAUACUGGAGGUGGAAUCCGCGAAAUUGCAAAUUACCUUCAUUUGAUGCACAGAGAUUUCUUGAAUUGAUGAAAAAUAAGGCAUGGGCUUUGAUUGGUGAUUCGAUAUCUCGCAACCAUGUGCAGUCAUUGCUGUGCAUGCUUUCCACAGUUGAGCAAGCUGUUGAAGUUUACCAUGAUGAGGACUACAAAUCCAAAAGAUGGCUCUUUCCUUCUUACAAUUUUACCAUAUCGAAUAUUUGGUCCCCUUUCCUUGUAGAAGCAGCAAUCUUUGAAGAUAAUAACGGUGUUUCAACAGCUGAAGUUCAGCUUCAGCUCGACAAACUUGACAAGAAUUGGACUAAUUUGUAUCAAACUUUGGACUAUGCCAUCAUCUCGACUGGAAAAUGGUUCCUCAAAGCUGCAAUCUAUCAUGAAAAUGACACUAUAGUGGGCUGUCAUAUAUGUCCUGGAAAGAACCUGACGGAGCAGGGAUUUGUCUUUGCUUAUGAGAAAGCCCUUCGAAAUGCAAUGAACUUUAUUGCAACAUCAAAAUCUGAAGGGUUGAUCUUUUUCAGGACAUCAACUCCAGACCAUUUUGAGAAUGGAGAAUGGCAUAAUGGAGGAACUUGCCCGAAAACAUCACCUGCAAAAGAGGGCGAGAUUGAAAUAAAAGACUUGAACAGGAUUCUACGUGAUGUUGAGUUAGCAGAGUUCAAGAAUGCAUCAGCAACAGCUGCUGAAAAUGGAGUGAACCUUAAGCUUCUUGACUUCACAAAUCUUUUGUUAUCAAGGCCAGAUGGACAUCCAGGUCCAUACAGACAAUUCCACCCAUUUGCUGAGGACAAGAAUGCCACAGUUCAGAAUGACUGUCUACAUUGGUGCUUACCUGGGCCGAUGGACUACUGGAAUGAUGUGAUAAUGGAAAUGGUAGUUAAUGGUUGACAAAAAUCAGAGCAAAAAUGACUAAACCUGCUGGCAUCUUCUUCUACAAUUUUCAAUCACACAAACGAUCGUGAUGGAUGAAUGCAGCUUCCUACACUGUGAAUACUGGCACGACAUUUUUGUCUUUCUUCUAUUUUCAUUAUGGCUACCAGAGAUCUUUCUCCAGGGUUCCUCUAUAAUGGACUUGGGCCAUUCUGCCGUUUUCAUACCAAUUGUUGUAAUCUAUGUUGUUAUUUUAUAUAUAUAAUUUUAGGUAGCAAUUAUUACUUAA